AUUAUGUUAAAGCCUAUUCUACUUUUAGAUAUUACUUUGGAUUCAGAACUGAAAAUUUUUAAAUCUACUAAAAACUCUUUAAUUCAAUUAGCAAAAUUAAUGAAAUCAGAUGGCUCUGAAAUUUUGGAUCAAG